AAGGUAAAUACAGAUACGAUUUCAUUUUAUUGUGUUUAAACCUAAAUCGCGCCUCGCUCCUCCCCUAUCUCAUCGCGAUCUCCUAUCCGGGAUAUUUGGAUCCAGGACAUAUGAUGUUUGGCGGAUACCAUCAGAUUAAGGAAUAUGAGGACUAAAAUACUGUUAAUACUGUGAUGCUCUUUGCACAAAAUACCCAGACUACAACCCUCGAUGAACGCCUACACCAACAUCACCUUCCUCACCACCGGCGCCUCGUCCAAAAUCUCCACCGCCGCAAACUCCACCGGAGAAACGGUAAUUCUCAAAAUUUCCUCUUUGGCAGCCCAGCGUGUGCCGCAUUCUCCUCUGCGUGAGCGUGCGCUGUUGCGCGCGUUGGGCGGGCGGAGGAAUAUCGUUGCCUUACUCUCCGCGUUUACGAAUGAGGAUGAUGAAGUCGUGCUGGUACUUCCUUUUCUACCGGUGUCGUUGUCUGAAUUUGCAUGUAGGAAUGCAGAGGUAGCUCUCAAAAGAAGUAUCACGCGCGACAUCACGGCCGCGAUUGCGUAUCUGCAUGAGCGCGGGGUUAUCCACCGUGACAUCAAACCGCAAAACAUACUCCUCAAAUCCGCGUCCGGGCCCGCGUACCUCACCGAUUUCGGCACCGCGUGGGUGGCGCCUUCUUCUGAUCUUUGUACAGCUGCUGAAUACGGACGCGCAUCUGUAAAAGGUGAAGCUCCGCGUGAGAAAGUGACGGAUGUGGGUACGGGCGUAUAUCGUGCUCCGGAGUUACUUUUCGGGUAUACCGCGUAUGGCGCGGAAGUCGAUCUGUGGAGCUGGGGAUGUGUGCUUGCAGAGGUGUAUGGAGAAGGUAGGCGGAUCUUUGAAGUGGACGAUGAGCUGAGUGAAUUUGCGCUCGUGCGGGCGAUAUUCGAGACCCUGGGCACGCCGGAUUUGGAGUCAUGGCCUGAAGCUAGGAAGUUCCCCGCGUUUUCAAAGUUCAGGUUUGUUGGAUACCCUACGAAACCACUGGCGCAGGUGCUGAGGACUGCGCCUGAGGAGGCGGUGGAGGUGGUUGCGAGUUUACUGAGGUAUGAAAGUAGUCGGCGCGAGUCUGCGAAAGGGCUGCUUUCGAUGCGUUUGUUUAGUGGGUUUGUUUGAUAGAGA